CCUUCCCGUCCCGUCCCGUCCCGUUCAGUCCCGUCGCACCAUGAGCAGCUCCCAGUUCAACAAGGGCCCGUCCUACGGCCUCUCCGCCGAGGUCAAGAACCGGCUCGCCCAGAAGUACGACCCGCAGAAGGAGGCCGAGCUGAGGACAUGGAUCGAGAGCGUCACUGGGCAGCGCAUUGGGCCCGACUUCCAGAAGGGGCUGAAGGACGGCGUCAUCCUCUGCGAGCUCAUGAACAAACUGCAGCCCAACUCAGUGAGGAAGAUCAACCGCUCAGCCCAGAACUGGCACCAGCUCGAGAACCUCUCCAACUUCAUCAAGGCCAUGACCAGCUAUGGCAUGAACCCCGUCGACCUCUUUGAAGCCAAUGACCUCUUUGAGAGCGGGAACCUGACGCAGGUGCAGGUGUCGCUGCUGGCACUGGCGGGCAUGGCUAAGACCAAGGGCAUCCAGAGUGGCGUGGACAUCGGCGUGAAGUACUCAGAGAAGCAGCAGAGGAACUUUGACGAGGCCAAGAUGAAGGCCGGGCAGUGCGUGAUUGGGCUGCAGAUGGGCACCAACAAAUGCGCCAGCCAGUCGGGCAUGACGGCCUAUGGCACCAGGAGGCACCUCUAUGACCCAAAGAACCAGAUCCUGCCACCCAUGGACCAUUCCACCAUCAGCCUCCAGAUGGGCACCAAUAAGUGUGCCAGCCAGGUGGGCAUGACGGCUCCGGGCACCAGGAGACACAUUUACGACUCCAAGAUGGGCCUGGAGAAGUGUGACAACUCCUCCAUGUCCCUGCAGAUGGGCUCCAAUCAGGGGGCCAACCAGAGCGGCCAGGUCUUUGGCUUGGGCCGCCAGAUCUAUGACCCCAAGUAUUGCCCCCAGGGCAACCAGGACGACGUGGCCAACGCUGCCUGUGAGCAGGGCAUGGACCCGCCGGGGUACCAGUACUACUGCGAGGAGGAGAGCUACUGAGUGGGCUGCUGUGGUGCCCGGCCCAGCCCCUGCCAGCUUGUGUACAGCCCCCACUGCCAGCAGCAUUCCUGUAUCUCGCCUUUCAUCAUUCCCUCUUUUUAUAACACUUUUUUUUAAAGGAAUCUACUUUUCUGAGCAAAAAGAUGAAGACGCUGUUUCUAGAGACGAGGGUGGUGCCUCUGCAGAGCCCCUGGGCUCAGCGGCCCCCUGUUUGCCCCAAGCUGCAGCUGGAAGGAGGCAGCUGCCCCAGGGCCAUAGACUGGACGGUGUCUUUCCUUGAGCAGCCAAGAGGACAUGGUUCAAAGUGGAAGUGUUGGCUGAGCAGUGCCCACAGCCCUGCGAGGGUGGCAGUGCCAUAGUCCUGGGCAUGGGGGGUGGCAAUGGGCUGUGUGGCUGAGGGUCAAGUACAAAGUGCUGCCCCCACCUUGUGUGCUGCAGGGCUCAUCCGGGGCUGCGGCCGGGGGACGUCCCGCACAGGGCAGGGGUCCCACUGGCCAGGAGAAGCCGGGUGGUGGGAGCUCUGGCAGUGACUUCAGGUCUCCUCCUCCUCGCAGGGCUCGGGCUCUGCUCCCUGCAUGGCUGCGGUGUCUUCAACACCGUCAGGGCAGCUGCUCUCCUGUCGUUCUCUGGAAAGAAAGCAAAGCUGGAAACAUGUUUUUUUAGGGACCAAGUUGCUGAUGCUUCAUUCCCCUCAGAGAGCAAGUACCAGCUCAGCCUCCUCCCGCCUGGGGCUGGGGACCCCCCCCUGCAGCAUGGGGUCUGGGACCUGCUCGUGGAGCUGGACUCUGGCUCCACAGCCACCGGGUUCGACAUCAAGCUGUGGUCAUUGGGGGGUCUGUGCAGCGGCCCCCGCCGCAGGGGAGCCUGAUGGUGGCCAUGCAUGGCCACAGGCACUGCGGCUACCUUGCCUGGGCAGUGGUUGGACGA